AUGCUCGGUCGUACGGCAUCAUCACGGCUGGCCUCAAGGUCUAUUUGGUGCCGGCCUCAUAUUUAUAGGCCUAAUGUGUUGCACGCAAGAACAUUUCAAUUGGACGUCCGGGUAGAAAAGAACAAAGUACGGUUCCUCUUCCCUCCCAAGAACAGCCAGCCAGAACAAUCUAUCGAUGUGUCCGAAUUUUGGCUGAGGGAUAACUGCCGCUGCCAAUUGUGUGUAAACAAAGACACUCUUCAGAAGGAUUUUGAUACAUUUGAUAUUCCCAGUAAUAUCAAGGCAGAGCAUAGCCAGACCCAACAAGAUGGUGUUCAUGUUACCUGGUCGGAUAAACAUGUGUCUUUCCAUCCAUGGAACUGGGUGAAAUCAAUGGCUCCCUCGCAUCGGCAAGAGGGGGUGAAUGUCGCACCGUCCAAGGCUCUAGGCUGGAGUGCGAACUCGUGGGAUGAAUGGGCAGAGGCAAGAGAGACUGACUACAAAGAUGUGAUGGAUAAAAAUGGCACAGGAAUGGCUAAGUUAACCGCUGCAAUCCAUCACUACGGGCUGGGAUUCGUGAAAAACACACCAGUUAGCCCAGAAGCCACGGAGGAGCUGCUGGAGCGUAUUGGGCCCGUCCGAAAUACACACUACGGAGGCUUCUACGACUUCGUGCCUGACUUGGCCAAAGCCGAUACUGCGUACACGAACAUCGCACUCGGCGCGCACACGGACACGACGUAUUUCACGGAGCCGACGGGACUUCAGGCUUUCCAUAUGCUCUCUCAUAUCCCCCCACCUGGCGAACCGAGCGAUGCAUUGGGUGGAGAGUCGCUGCUCUGCGACGGAUUCUACGCCGCAGAAAAGCUGCGCGAGAAGCACCCUGAAUAUUUCAAGACACUUUGCGAGGUCAAGAUUCCUUGGCACGCAAGUGGAAACGAGGAUGUUGCCAUUGCUCCAGAUGCUACCUAUCCGGUUAUUGAAACAGAGAGUGGUUUAGACGGUCCGAUACGCCGGAUCCGUUGGAACAACUCGGACCGCGGUGUUGUCCCACUCGAAGCCGGUUUUGAUGUUGUGGAGAGAUGGUACGCUGCAGCGCGUGAGCUGGACUCUAUCAUUAAAAGCAAAGAGAGCGAGUGCUGGUUCCAACUCCAGCCUGGAACAGUCCUAGGUAGGUUGAAUCCUUCUUCCAAUUGGGAAGAGUAUGGGCAUGAAAAGAGAGAGGCUAAUGGGUGUCUCGCUGUAGUAUUUGAUAAUUGGAGAAUACUCCAUGGCAGGGCCGAGUUUAAGGGACUUCGAAGGAUGUGCGGCGCCUACAUUAACCGAGAUGACUUCGUGUCACGCUGGAAACUGUCCAACUACGAUCGCACAGAUGUGAUCUUACACAACAUGUGGCAGCAUAGAUAG